CCAAUGGCGCUGGCCCUCAUCCUGGGUUGGUGGCUGGUGACAGCGAGCAGGGCCCAGCAUCUGCCCCGACCUACCCUGUCGCUGCACCCCAGCCAGGGGGUGUCCCUGGGGGACAAUGUCACCCUGCGGUGCCACCUGCCCCAGCCAGCUGCCUGGGUCUGGCUGUACAAGGACGGACGUUGGAUACACAGCAAUUACAAGUACAAGGUGCAGGACACUGCAGAGUUCUCCUUCUUGAACACAAAUCGGGAGCAUGCAGGUACAUACUGGUGUCAGUACCAGGAGUCUAUGUUACCAGAGGAAUCAAAGAGUGAUCCUGUGGAGCUGGUGCUGACAGAUCACAGAUUCCCUCCACCCAGCAUUUCCCUGAGCCCUGAGGAAUGUGUGGAGACAGGGACCAAUGUCACCAUCCAGUGCUGGAAUAGGGACUAUGGGGCCGCCUUCCUCCUGCACAAGGAUGGGAGCUCAGCCCCCAUCCAACACCAGGACUCCAAUGUGGUGGGCACAGCCACCGUCACCAUCUUUGGGGUGACCCCAGCUGACA